GACCAGAGAGAGAGAGAGAGAGAGAAAGGGAGAGAGUUGUGUGGAGAGAGAGAGAGAGAGAGAGAAACAAUGAUGAACGGACUAAAGACGCCGGCGGAGGAGAUAGGGAUACAGCUAGCGGAGACGAAGGUGGUGGAGAGUGGGCCAAUGAGCGGCCCACUGGUCUCGGCGGCUCGUACUGACCGGAGCAUUCGGCGGAAACUUGACGUGACUCAUGCAGUUCUGAGGGUGGCUUGCCUUUUGGCCUCCGUGACCGCUCUCUCUCUCAUGGCCACUGCCGAAGAAUCUGCCACCGUCUCCAUCUUCGGAUUCAGCCUCCCUGUUUACUCCAAGUGGUCCUUUUCCGACUCAUUCGAGUAUCUGGUUGGAGUUUCGGCAGCUGUCGCAGCUCACUCCUUGCUUCAAUUGCUCAUCAGCAUCUUGAGGCUGCUGAGGAAUUCUCCAGUGAUUCCUUCUCGGAAUCAUGCGUGGAUUAUUUUUGCUGGGGAUCAGGCGUUUGCAUAUGCAAUGAUGAGUGCUGGAUCAGCUGCAUCAGGUGUCACCAACUUGAACCGCACGGGAAUCAGACAUUCGGCUCUACCAAAUUUCUGUAAGCCCUUGCAUAGCUUCUGCAAUCGUGUUGCUGUUUCCAUAGCCUUCACUUUCAUCAGCUGGUUCUUGCUCGCUGCCUCAGCUGUUGUUGACGUAAUUUGGCUAUCCAAGUACUGACUUGCUGCGCAUCCUACACUGGGUCGCUCAUCUUUUAUGAAUCUAUGUUUUAGGUGUUGUCCGAAUUGUUUUUAUCUCAUAAUUAUCCGAAUGGUUAAUUAUCUCUGCUUAUGGAAGCAAGUUCAGCAAACUAGGGUACUGUGUUCUCUGCAAAGAACAAAAUGGCCUUUCUGGUUUGUGAUCAGAGUGGGUUGUACAUCGAUCGUUAGGCAAUAGGAUCAAAGACAUGUAGAUUGAACUUGAAUCUAGAUUAUCUAAGUUGAUUGAGAUUGAAAUUGAAUCUAGAUUAUCCGAUUCAUGAAACAUUCAAGGAUCAUUGAGAAACAAGAUCUAACUUGAUUUUGUAGAAGAGAUGUGAAUAGUUAUACAGCAUCCACAAAUAAAGCUUGGAAUGAACCAGUUUUGUAGUUGGUC